AAUCUGCGUCGCAUCAACGCUCCUGCGUUCCUGGCGACUCCAAAUGAUAUUUGAGGGGAAGCCGCGAAGAUUCUCCCGCAUAUUACUCGUCGCCACCGCGGUCACCGCCCCUCUCCUCUAUUGUUUUCUCGAUUCUUCGCAGGGAAGGGGAUACGCGCAAGAAACCGCGAGCCAUUCCGCGCAGGUCGUCGCCGCGGUCAAAUCCGGCGGCGGCGGCGGCGGCGGAGGCCGGAGGGCUAAACGGGCCGCCCCCGUCCGGUGAGAUCCUUGAGGGGGUCCUCCGCCCCCCUUGUGUGGCUUGGGGGGGGGGGGGGGGCGAUUCUUCGCGCGGGUGGGUGCUCGAUUUGGAUGAGAGGAGCGCGACGGCGGGAUGGGCACCCCCUCGCAGGGCUCGGCGGCCGUGGCAGCGGCUGGGGUCGACCUCUGCGUGCUCGACCUGGUGCCCGUCUUCGCCAAGGAGAUGAUCGCCGGGGGCGUCGCCGGCGCCUUCUCCAAGACCGCCAUCGCGCCGCUCGAGCGCCUCAAGAUAUUGCUACAGACUAGGACAAAUGAAUUCAGUUCUCUUGGCGUCCUCAAAUCAUUGAAGAAAUUAAAACAACAUGAUGGAAUUUUGGGCUUUUACAAGGGAAAUGGUGCUAGUGUAUUAAGAAUUGUUCCUUAUGCUGCAUUACAUUAUAUGGCGUAUGAACGAUACAGGUGUUGGAUCUUGAAUAACUGCCCCUCACUUGGGACAGGACCCUUAGUAGACCUUUUAGCUGGUUCAGCAUCUGGAGGAACCGCAGUGUUGUGUACUUAUCCCUUGGAUCUGGCUAGGACUAAACUUGCCUUCCAGGUCAAUAGUUCAGACCAAAUCAGUAGUGGUUUGAAGAGGACAAACUUUCAACCAAAAUAUGGAGGAAUAAAGGAUGUUUUUCGAGGUGUUUAUUCAGAAGGUGGAGUGCGAGCUCUCUAUCGUGGAGUAGGUCCAACGCUCAUGGGAAUACUUCCUUAUGCUGGUCUUAAAUUCUACAUAUACGAAGGACUGAAGGCACAUGUACCUGAAGAUUACAAAAAUUCUGUCACAUUGAAGUUGUCCUGUGGUGCUGCUGCUGGAUUAUUUGGGCAGACUCUAACUUACCCACUAGAUGUUGUAAGAAGGCAGAUGCAGGUUCAGAGUCAACAAUAUCACGAUAAAUUUGGUGGGCCACAGAUAAGGGGAACAUUCCAAGGUCUUAUGAUCAUCAAACAAACGCAGGGAUGGAGGCAAUUGUUUGCUGGCUUGAGCCUCAAUUACAUCAAGGUGGUACCCUCUGUGGCUAUUGGUUUUACCGCAUAUGACACGAUGAAGAGUUUACUGAAGAUACCUCCCAGAGAGAAGAAAAUGUCAGGUCAUGGUUCUAAUUGAAGUUUCUAUCCAUCCGUAAGAAACAUGGAGCAGGGCAAGGUUCUCUUUCAAGAUUUUAUCAAGUGCCUUUUGUGAAGUCACAAUUGUAUAAAGCCUCUGAGGUUCAAUCUUGUCAAGUAGUAAUUGUGUUAACUAACAAGCUUACAUAUUCUUCCGAUUCAUUAUUUUCAUUCAUUACAUCCACCAGAUGUGGAACGUUGUAAAUUUGUAGGGUGCUACCACAACUUUUAGGAUGCUACAAAAGGUUUCAAAAUUCCAUACGGGUUUUCCCAUAAAUCUUGACCUACUCCUCCAGAGCUGUUUAUUGCUAUUGUUAUUUUAUGCAUAGGGUUUUAGUUCUUCCUCGCCAAGGAUUUGGAUUAAUACGAAUGUAUAUUAGCAUGUGUAAAACUAUUAAUAUUGUUUACCAUCCAAACUAUAAGCUGUUUGGAGGAUUUUUAA